CACAUUUCGCAGCACGAUUAUUUGCUAAGUACCAAAUUAAAGCUUCAACUUUUACGAUCAUAAUCUCAUUACUCUGAUAAUUCAUUUUCUACUCUUUCUGCAAAAUCUCCGAAGAAAAAUCACUAAUUUCAAGGUGUAAAAAUGGCGAAACCUCGAGUUUCAAUGGAGGUCGGAAACGAUGGAGUUGCUCUUAUCACUCUAUCAAAUCCUCCUGUUAAUUCCUUGGCGAUUCCGAUAAUUGACGGAUUGAAAGAGUUAUAUAGUGAAGCUUUGAAGAGAAAUGAUGUUAAAGCUAUUGUUAUCACUGGUGAGAGUGGGAGGUUUUCAGGCGGUUUUGACAUCAAUGUCUUUCAGAAAGUUCACAAAACUGGGGAUGUAUCUUUGUUGCCAGAUGUAUCGGCUGAUUUGUUGGGCACAAUCGAAGAUUCACGAAAGCCGUCUGUUGCUGCCAUACAAGGACUUGCACUCGGGGGUGGAUUAGAACUGGCUAUGGGAUGUCAUGCACGCAUUUCUGCACCGAAAGCACAACUUGGUUUGCCUGAACUAUCACUUGGAAUUAUGCCAGGUUUUGGAGGGACACAGCGUCUUCCCAGGCUUGUUGGUCUAAAAAAGGCUGUUGAGAUGAUGUCGUCAUCAAAACCAAUAACGUCUGAGGAAGGAUUAAAGUUUGGCCUCAUUGAUGCUGUUGUACCUCCUCAAGAGUUGCUAAAAGUAUCACGCAUGUGGGCUUUAGAUAUUUCAGAGGGACGGAAACCUCUGGUACGCUCCCUCCACAUGACUGACAAGCUAGGUUCCCUCUCUGAAUCUCAUGAAUUCCUAAUGAUAGCAAGACAGAAGGCAAAACAGACUGCUCGAAACAUGCCUCAGCAUCUAGCUUGUCUUGAUGUUAUUGAGGAGGGUAUAAUACAUGGAGGCUAUGCUGGGGUAUUAAAGGAGGCAAAAGUUUUCAAAAAGCUAGUCCUAACAGAUACUGCCAAAGGUCUAGUGCAUGCAUUUUUCUCUCAACGCAUGACAACAAAGGUACCAGGUGUUUCUGAUGUUGGACUGAAACCAAGACGUAUGAAGAAAGUUGCUGUUAUUGGUGGGGGUUUAAUGGGUUCUGGCAUAGCAACGGCCCUACUCUUGAGCAAUGUGCAAGUUGUUUUGAAGGAAGUGAAUGCUGAAUUUCUUGCCAAGGGAAUAAAAUCAGUGGAAGGCAACAUCAGAGGUUUGGUGACGAGAGGGAAGUUGGUAAAGGACAAGGCAGAGAAAGCACUGGCAUUGCUCAAAGGUGGAUUGGACUACUCAGAAUUUAAAGAUGUGGACAUGGUCAUUGAGGCUGUUGUUGAAAAUGUUUCUCUGAAACAAACAAUUUUUAGUGACCUUGAGAAAAUCUGCCCUCCGCACUGUAUUUUAGCAACAAACACAUCAACUAUUGAUCUUAAUGUAAUUGGAGAAAGGACCAAUUCACAGGAACGCAUUGUUGGUGCCCAUUUUUUCAGUCCUGCACAUAUUAUGCCUCUCCUGGAAAUUGUGCGGACACACAAGACUUCGGCACAAGUUAUUCUUGAUCUUAUCACAGUUGGUAAAACAAUCAAAAAAGUGCCUGUUGUGGUCGGAAAUUGUACAGGAUUUGCUGUCAAUAGGGCUUUCUUCCCAUACGCACAGAGUGCUCAUCUUUUGGCGAACUUGGGGGUCGAUAUCUUCAGGAUUGACAGAGUGAUAAGCGACUUUGGCCUGCCUAUCGGUCCUUUCCAGCUUCAAGAUUUAGCUGGAUAUGGAGUUGCACUUGCAGUAGCAAAGGAGUUUCAAGCUGCCUUCCCUGAUCGUACUUACCAGUCUUCUCUAGUUGAACUUCUUGUAAAAGAUGGGCGAAAUGGUAAAAAUAAUGGAAAAGGAUACUAUAUAUACGAAAAAGGCAGUAAGCCAAAACCUGAUUUUUCUGUGCUACCAAUUAUUGAAGAAUCUAGAAGGCUGAGUAAAAUUAUGCCAGGUGGAAAGCCUAUAUCUGUAUCAGACCAAGAGAUAUUGGGGAUGAUAUUCUUUCCAGUAGUGAAUGAGGCAUGUCGUGUUCUAGAUGAAGGAGUGGUGGUUCGAGCAUCUGAUCUAGAUGUAGCUUCUGUUCUUGGGAUGAGCUUCCCUUCAUAUCGUGGUGGUCUGGUGUUCUGGGCAGAUGCUGUAGGGCCAAGCCAUAUAUAUAAUUGUCUGAAGAAGUGGUCAAAUCUGUAUGGCAAUUUCUUUAAACCAUCACGAUUCUUGGAGGAAAGGGUUUCUAAGGGAUUGUUACUGAGUGCGCCUGCUUCAUCAUCAGCUUCAAGGUCACGCUUGUAGGUUGGAUUCACAUUGCCAUUUUGGUGAGGGAGUCUUUUGACAAUAUAUUAUCACUUGAUCAGGUCAUUAUGUAACACUGAGAAUUGGUUUUAUCACAGCUCCUUAGUUUAAGUGGAUCACUUCAGUGGUUCAAGAAUUUUCCUUCCUGGUUCCCUUCACUCUCCUCCAACCCCCUUUCGUUUUUCUCGUAAAGAUGGGGGUGGAAUAUAAGGAGAAGAAAUAAAUAGAUGUGUUGUAAGAAUUCAUCAUCAUAAUAAAAAUUGGAGUAGGAAAUUGUUGAAAUGAAUUUUUUUUCCGCA